CAUGACCCCUCCCCAGACGUGUUCACGUGGCGCACUCCUUCCGCCAACUCCAACCCAACAACAACAAUCCCGAAAUAUCAAAACACAUUUAAUAAUUUCUAAUUAUCACACUAAUUAUAAUAAUUUGAUAAAAUUAGAUUCCGUUACAACUCCUACCCUCCCCUUCUCCGCCUCUGCUUCGCCACUUCUACUACUCCUCCUCCUACUCCUGCCGCUGCUCGUUAGCUUCGUCUCGAAGAAAGAGAGAGCGCUGUCUCGAACCGUCAGGGUUUCGGCUUUGCGCGGAAUGGAAGGUUUGAUUGCGCUUGUCAACAGGAUUCAGAAGGCCUGUACGAUCCUCGGCGACUAUGGCGAUGAUCGGAGUUUGCCUACUCUAUGGGACGCUCUCCCUACCAUCGUUGUCCUCGGCGGCCAAAGUUCCGGGAAGUCGUCAGUGUUGGAGAGUAUUGUCGGGCGUGAUUUUCUUCCUAGAGGAUCAGGAAUUGUGACAAGAAGGCCACUUAUUUUGCAACUUUACAAGAUAGAGCCAGGACAACAGGAGUACGCACAGUUCCUUCAUUCUGGAAAUAGAAGAUUUACAGAUUUUUCUUUGGUCAGAAAGGAGAUCCAAGAUGAAACUGACAGAGUUACUGGAAAGACAAAGCAGAUCUCUCCUCUUCCUAUUAAUCUUAGCAUUUACUCUCCAAAUGUUGUUAACUUGACAUUGGUAGAUUUACCUGGGCUGACUAAGGUUGCUGUAGAGGGGCAGCCCGAAAGUAUUGUUCGGGAAAUUGAAGACAUGGUUCGAUCAUAUGUUGAGAAGCCAAACUGCAUCAUCUUAGCCAUAACCCCAGCCAAUCAAGAUGUUGCAACAUCUGAUGCUAUUAAGAUAGCUCGAGAAGUUGACCCAUCAGGCGAACGUACAAUUGGUGUGUUAACGAAGAUUGAUUUGAUGGACAAGGGUACAAAUGCAUUGGAUGUUCUUGAAGGAAGAUCUUAUCGGCUUCAAAAUCCUUGGGUUGGAAUUGUGAAUCGUUCACAGGCUGAUAUUAACAGAAAUGUUGAUAUGAUGGUUUCAAGGCAUAAUGAGCGAGAAUUUUUUGCUAGAAGUCCCGAGUACAGACACUUGGCCAGCCGAAUGGGAUCAGAGUAUCUUGCAAAACUGCUUUCAAAGCACCUAGAAUCUGUGAUUAAGGCUCGCAUACCAGCUAUAUUGUCUCUGAUUAAUAGAAGCAUUGAUGAACUUGAAACUGAGUUGAGUCAUCUUGGCAGACCUGUCACUGUUGAUGCAGGGGCCCAGUUAUAUACUAUUUUGGAACUCUGCCGGGCAUUUAAUCGGGUAUUUAAGGAGCAUCUUGAAGGAGGGCGGCCUGGAGGAGAUCGGAUUUAUGGAGUUUUUGACUACCAGCUCCCUGCAGCUUUUAGGAAACUUCCAUUGGAUCGCCAUCUCUCACUGCAAAAUGUAAAGAAAGUUGUCACUGAGGCUGAUGGCUACCAACCUCAUCUGAUAGCACCAGAACAAGGCUAUAAGCGCCUCAUAGAUGGUGCCCUUAAUUAUUUCAGAGGUCCAGCAGAAGCUGCAGUGGAUGCGGUCCACUUCAUCUUGAAGGAGCUUGUGAGGAAGUCAAUAGGAGAAACUCAGGAAUUGAGGCGCUUUCCAACUCUUCAAACAGAUAUAUCAAAUGCAGCAAAUGAAGCAUUAGAAAGGUUUCGUGACGAUAGUCGAAGGACUGUAUUGCGAAUGGUAGACAUGGAAUCUUCAUACCUGACGGUGGAUUUCUUCCGGAAACUGCCACAGGAGGUUGACAAGGUAGGAAACCCAACUGUUUCUACAGCUGAUAGGUACACAGAAGGACACUUCAGAAGAAUAAGCUUAAAUGUUUCUGCGUACACUGGAAUGGUGUGCGAAACCCUCCAGAACACCAUCCCAAAAGCUGUUGUUUACUGUCAAGUCCGAGAAGCCAAGCGCACUUUACUGGAUCAUUUUUAUACUCAACUUGGUAAAAUGGAGGGCCGUGAGCUUUCUCAGAUAUUAGAUGAAGAUCCAGUGUUGAUGGAGAGGAGGCAGAAAUGCUCACGAAGGCUUGAGUUGUACAAAUCUGCAAGAGAUGAAAUAGACAGAGUGUUGUGGGCAAGAUGAAAUGCAACAUUGUACAUCUUCAGCUGCAUUAUAUAGUCUGCCAGCUCCAGGCUGUAGAAAUCACCAAUUAGCGCCAUCAUCUGCAGAUUUUGUUCAUGUCAAAAUCUGUAAGAACAUAGUACUCUUGCUACUGGUUUUUAUUGUUGCUUUUCAACUUUGAGGCAUACAACUAUUAAAGUACUGCGUUUCUUCUUUUUCCA